AUGCUUCUUGAUUUACCUCUGCUGCUGGUCGACUGUGCGGCGGUCGCGUUGUUCGUUCUUGUAUUGAGCACUGUCAGGAAGCUGCUCGCUCAUGCUCGGCAACCACGGCUCUCGCUUCCUCCUGGACCCCGCGGAUAUCCUCUAAUAGGCAAUCUUAUGGAUGUGCCUCGAAAGUCUCCUUGGGAGAUCUAUAACCAGAUGGCUCAGAAAUAUGGGUCCUUGAUGUCUCUCCGGACUAUGGGGCAGACUAUCCUUGUUAUCAAUUCCGCCACAGUGGCGAGAGAUCUGCUGGAGAAACGGGGACUGACCUGGUCGGACCGCCCUGUAUUCCCGUUAUUCGACAUGAUGGGCCUCUACUCAUGGAACGUUGCGUUGAAACCGCACAGUGACGAACAUCGUCUCGAGCGCCGCAUUGCUGACCAUGGCCUUCGACCAAAUGCUAUCACUGCAUAUCGCGCAAUGGAGACUUUCCGUGCUCACGAGCUGCUGCGCUCGCUUUUACGCGAUCCUGCGGGAUUUUCGGACCAUAUCAAGUUGUCGAUCACCUAUGGCUACGAUCUGAAGUCAAUCGACAAUGCUUACGUCGUCAAUGCUCACGAAUUGAACCAGACGGUCCUGUCUGUCACCUUCUCAGCUGCUGGUCUCAUAAACAUAUUCCCUAUGUUCAAACAUCUGCCUUCUUGGUUCCCUGGAAUGGGCGGUAUGCGACUCGUACCGCAUAUCAAACAGCUUGCUCGAGAAAUAGUGGACGUCCCCUUCGACUUCGUGAAGGCGGCUAUCCAUGACGGAACUGCCAAAGCCUCUCUGAGCCAUGAGUACCUGACGGCUCAUGAAGGCUUUGAACUCCCGCCAAAUGAUCAACAGACGCGCAUCAAGAAUGUAGCUGCAACUCUUUACGAUGGUGCCGUUGAAACCACGUCUACGCUCCUCACCAACUUCUUCCUCGCUUUAUUGUUCUUCCCAGAGACACAACGAAAAGCACAAGCCGAGCUUGAUACCAUUGUCGGUAGAGACCGCCUUCCAAAUCUGGACGAUCGCGACACCCUUCCAUACAUAAAGGCCAUAUAUCUGGAACUUUUGCGCUGGAGGGUGAUCUCUCCUCUUGGUGUACCUCGUGCAAAUGCAGAGGACGAAGUAUACGAUGGAUAUAUCCUUCCUAAAGGCUCUGUGGUAUUCGUCAACUUAUGGGCAAUGCUGCACGAUCCUGUGAAGUAUCCCGACCCGGAUUCGUUCCGUCCAGAACGUUUCCUUACCGAAGAUGGUCACUUCAAGGACGAUCCUGAUAUUGAAGCUGCAUACGGGUUUGGUCGAAGGAUCUGUCCUGGUCGUUUCCUCGCACAGCAGAUGACUCUCGUGACAAUCAUGUCGGUUCUUGCUGUGUUCACGGUCGAUUAUGCCAAGGAUGAGUACGGGAGUGAGAUACCUGUCAUGGGGGAACAUACUGUCGACGUCCCGAUGCUGAGUGUACCCUUACCAUUUGAAUGUUCAAUUACCCCAAGAGAUGAUAAGGCUCUUGCCUUGAUUCACUCCACGGAUCUUUAG